GUUUCAGGUGACUCCCAUUUCCACUCUGACAGCAGUCUGCUCACUGGCUACAAGCUAGUCUGUGAGAGCACAGCUAGCUGACGCAGCUUAGCGGGCAGUGGAAACUGGGUGUGAGUCUCUCUUAGCCUUUGGUGAUUAUUAUUUACAAUGAAGAAAUUAAAAGGGCAAACAUCCUGACGUCCGCAUUGUGGUCGAUGACGGUCUUUGGCGGCUUCGGUGACUGACAUGGACGCUAGUGACAAUAAGCAGCAAAGUGCCUGACUGAUGGCUACAUGUUCCUGCCACAAAUCUGAUCCAUAAACCAGACUGACCAGCAGAAGUCCUCAACUUAAUGCAUUGUUGUGCCUUUACUCGCUGUAGGAUGUGAAGCUUUCAGCCGAAGUGGAACCGUUCAUCCCACAGAAGAAAGGUCUCGAAGGAUCCCUAGUCAGCAUGAGUCUUUCUGGAGAUGCAGGCGGAGGAGGUGGAGGUGGAGGUAUAGGGGGAGGCGGCGGAGGGGUGGAAACUACUCCCAUACCCAGCUACCUCAUCACCUGUUACCCUUUUGUCCAGGAGAACCAACCCAACAGGCAACAUCCCAUGUAUAAUGGAGGAGAACUGCGCUGGCAGCAGCCUAACCCCAGCCCUGGUGGUUCAUACCUGGCCUACCCUAUCCUGUCUUCCCCCCAGCCUCCUGUCUCCAAUGACUACGCUUAUUAUCAGAUUAUGCCUGCUCCAUGCCCACCUGUGAUGGGCUUCUACCAGCCCUUCCCUGGCACUUAUGCAGGUCCAGUGCAAACAGAAGUGGUCAGCCCUGUCUCAGCAGAUAUUGGGGAAAGACCGCUGCCCCUAGGGCCAGCAUAUGGCAUGGCCAGUCAGAGGGGGAGAGGCAUGGUGCGACCUAAUCUUCUCCCAAAGCAACAGUUGGGUGUGUGCCAGCCUCCAAGAGGACGCCGACCUCCAACUAGGAGUGUAGCUGUGCAGAAGGAAGUGUGCACCUUGGGGCCCGAUGGAAGGACAAAGACUGUCAUGCUGGUGGAUGCGGCUCAGCAGACUGACUUUCCAGGUGAAGUUUCAGGCCGAAGUGCUGCUGAGCGAGGUAGUCCGCUGCUGUGGAAGAACCGAACAAAACGAAGACGGGCGUCCCAUCCAGGUGAAAGCUACAAUGAGCAGGGCGCCAGUGAAGCAGACAUUGACAGUGACAGCGGAUACUGCAGCCCCAAACACAAUCAGGCGGCUGGGGCAACACAGCGAUCAGCAGAGAAUGCAGCAGCAACACCAGGAGUAGAAGCCGGCGUCAUGACAGCAGGUACCUGGGUAAAUGUAGCAUCUCAAGCUAACCCCAAACCUUGGGGUGACAGAAACGGACAGUUUUACAGAGCUGAUCAGAGGAAGACUCCUGAACAGAGAAACUUCUCACAGGAUUUCCACAGUGGUUAUCUGGGGCGAGCUCCUCAAAACCAGUCAGAACAAAGGCUGCAGGCAGCAGUGGGCACUGGCAAUGAGCUCACCCCAGAGCCCCUUUAUUUUGAGGAUGAAGAUGAGUUUCCAGAUCUCCCUACAGGAGGGGCUGGUCAACGUAGCAGCAAACAAGAACCUUCUCCAGCCCAGACACACACGCAACCCAAACUGCCAAAAAACCUGCUGGAUAACCUACCAGAAAAUUCUCCCAUCAACAUUGUGCAGACACCCAUUCCCAUCACCACCUCUGUUCCUAAGAGGGCCAAGAGCCAGAGGAAGAAGGCCUUGGCUGCUGCUUUGGCCACUGCACAGGAGUACUCUGAAAUCAGCAUGGAGCAGAAGAAACUGCAGGAGGCUGUCACUAAAGCAGCAGGGAAGAAGAGUAAGACCUCUGUUGAGCUUGACCUGGGGGACAUGCUGGCAGCUUUGGAAAAACAUCAGCAGGCAAUGAAGGCCAGACAACUCAACAAUACCAAGCCACUGUCCUUCACAGUUGGAACAACGACUCCAUUCCACAGCUCAGUCUCAACCAAUGUGUCCUCCAUGUUGAAGGCUCAUCAGCAGCCAUAUUCAGCCCCAAACAAUUCCCUCGAUUCUACCGCUCCACGUAUCAAGAGAGGAAAGGAGAGAGAGAUUCCUAAAGUGAAACGGCCAACAGCCCUGAAAAAGAUUAUCUUGAAGGAGCGUGAAGGAAAGAAAGGGAAGACAAGUGCAGAACAGGAGUCUUCAGGCCAGGAGGAGCAUGGGGAUGAGAGUCUACACUUCUCUGAUGAUCUUCCAAGAGAGCCUGCUUCCCAAGAAGAAAAUGGUCUGAGCGUGCCCAGUGAUGCAUCCCUCUCCCCGGCCAGCCAGAACUCGCCCUACAGUAUUACUCCUGUGUCACAGGGUUCUCCCGCCAGCUCCGGUAUUGGAAGUCCAAUGGCUUCAAACGCCAUCACAAAGAUCCACAGCAGACGUUUCAGAGAGUACUGUAACCAGGUGCUGAGUAAGGAGAUAGACGAGAGUGUGACUUUGCUUUUACAAGAACUGGUCCGCUUCCAGGAGCGGGUCUACCAAAAGGAUCCAACCAAGGCCAAAUCCAAACGCCGCCUGGUCAUGGGUCUCCGAGAGGUCACCAAGCAUAUGAAGUUACACAAGAUAAAAUGUGUUAUCAUCUCUCCAAACUGUGAGAAGAUCCAGGCCAAAGGUGGUUUGGAUGAAGCUUUAUAUAAUGUGAUUGCCAUGGCGAGGGAGCAGGAGAUCCCGUUUGUUUUUGCCUUGGGCAGAAAAGCUCUGGGACGCUGCGUCAACAAACUAGUGCCUGUUAGUGUAGUUGGCAUUUUCAACUAUUCUGGAGCCGAGGGCCUCUUCAACCGUUUGGUGUCCCUCACAGAGGAGGCUAGAAAGGCCUAUAAGGACAUGGUGUCAGCUCUGGAGCAGGAGCAGGCCGAGGAGGCUCCCAAAAAUGAUAAAAAAGUCCCACACCACAUGGGACACUCUCGUAACCACUCUGCUGCUUCUGCCAUCUCCUUUUGCUCCAUCUUCUCUGAGCCUAUCUCAGAGGUUAAUGAGAAGGAGUAUGAGACCAACUGGAGGAGUAUGGUGGAGACUUCAGAUGCUCUGGAGCCUGUCGAGGCUGAGCCGAGCCGCCCUGCACCUUCAACACCCGCUCAGAAAGACACUGAGGCUGUUGCAGCCACCACUAACACCGCCCUGCCUAGCUCCUCUGCUCCACAGCCCAGAGCGGGGCCUCCUGCACAGAGCACUGGGGAGAAAGAAGAGGUCAGGGUGGACGACCGGCUGGAGCUGGCCUCUCAGCAGAGCACAGAGACUGGCUCACUGGAUGGGAGCUGCAGGGGCCCGCUGAACUCGUCCAUUACCUCCACCACCUCCACCCUGGUUCCUGGAAUGCUAGAAGAGGCUGAAGAAGAGGACGAGGAAGAGGAGGACUACACUCCUGAACCUAUUUCUGUGGAGGUGCCCACCCUCAGCAGCCGUAUCGAAUCAUGGGUGUCAAAGACCCUGGAGAACCUGCAGCUCGGAAAGAGUCAGGAAAGUACAGAAGAGGAGGAGGAGGAGGAAGAGGAGGAGGAGGAAGAAGAAGAAGAGGAGGAGGAGGAAGAGGAGAGAGGGCAGAGUGAGGAAGAAGAGGACAUUGAUUCAGUGGACAUCACAGAGGCGAUGGUGGAAGGUAAAGAGCAGGUGGAAGCUAAGAAGAUCACAGGUUGAUGUUCCCUCUCUUCCUCUGUUCUGACUCUCAUUCCCCAUCACACUCACACAUCCAUCUUCACAGCAGCCAGCAGCUUCUCUCCUUCAUCUCACCUUUGACACCACAUAAUCUCAGGUAUCCAACCAACUGACCAACGAAAACACAGACCUUUAACGCAUUUUACAGAAACUGACCAACCUACCAGGACGACAUGCAACUGGCUUGGUUUGGAGGAAAAGUAACACCUCUGGAGAACUGCGCUCAUCUUUGAACUUAAAGGUUUCCCUCACUUCUUUGGCUAAUAACCUGUUACACUUGAAUUCAGAGGGAAUAUGUAGAUUUUCCUCCUCCACAGCUGAACUCUAUUAGAGUCAGGAACAGUUUUGGGAGCAAGUGGUGAGCCCUUAGAAAAUACAUGAGGAGGAAGGUUGGAACCUUUCAGCUCCCUUCUUUCUUUAUACAGAGCCCAGAAGGUUUACAGCUCAACAAGUAUUUGUGUGCUUGUGUGUGUUUUACAGGCACAUCCUUUGCAUUUAAUUUGCCGUGUUCAUUAGCUUUAUCUUUGUACAUAAUGUUUGUUUGUGUUUGUUUUCCUUUUUGUCCUGCUUGACUGCUCCAUGAGGAAAAGAGAGACACGCCUUUCUUAAUUCCUGCUCAGUUUGUAUUCAGCUUUCCUCUCAGAAUAUUUCAGUGUCAGGGGUUCUUCUGUGUUUCUACCAAAACCACUCCCACCUGUGAGUCUUCAGAGUGUUUUUUAUGUUGAAAUAAUAAGUGACCCAUUCUUUGUAGUCAGCUGAUUCAAAUGACUUAACUUCUAAGAAGCAAAAACAAGCUAUGUGUACAUAACCUUGUUCUACAACAGUAUAUAAUAGUUUGUGAUAAUGAUCUUACCGAGCGUGAAGCUAUUUGGGGUUGUUUUCCUCUGACUGGAAUUGUCUCGAGUUCCUGGAUGUUCUCUGUAUUUCAUAAAAAAGUGCCCCUGCUUUGUUUGUUUCAUGAUGAGGGGCUGUCAAGCUGUCUGACCCGGCAGUGAUUUAACACCUUUUUUUUUUAAAGCCUUUUUGUUAAUUUCAUCCAUGAAAACAUCUGAAACUGUAACAGGGUUCUUUGUCGUCGUUUUUACCAGUGUUGACUAAUUUUCCUGAAAAAAACUAAACAAUGAUGCUUGAAUCGAAUACAUGGAAAAGACAAGCAGGUGUUUACCAGCCAGUAAUCAUGAAGUUAUACUGCACCCGAGUUUACAAGAGGUCAGAUAUACCGGGUUCUGUGGGCACUGAGCUCCAGCUGCUCCAGUCUGAAGUCCCUUCACUACAGCUGAGAGGCUCCCUCACUGGAGCAGAGUCACCACUGAAGUCAAACAAGUCGUCACAGAGUCGUGCACACACUAAUGAUAAACUUUGUAAAUACAAGUGUACAAAAGAGAUUUUUCCAUUGUAUUUAAAAUAAAAACAAUCAUCCUGUUCUUAAAGCCAUUUGAUAGUUUUAACAUUUGAACAGUUGGAAUCCAUUUUUUAAUAAUGGUAUUUGAUAGUGAAUCAUAGUGAGAUCUCAGCCAGUGGAUGGUGAUGCAGUGUGUAAAUGCAGUAUGUCGGGCUGUAUGCAAUGUGAAGCCCUCUCGUUGGAGGAGAUGGUGUACUCUGUAUCAUUCUUGGGAAUCUGAACGUGUUUCUAGUUUGAUAAAGGUACUCUGUUUAGGCUUUUUGUUGCUAUGACUUCCAUCAGUGUUUGAGGUAUGUUAUUUGACAGCAAGUGUGUUUUUUGCACUAUGUAAAUACGUACUGGUUAAGGUCUUGUGACUAAUGUGAACAAAACAAAAACAAAAACAAAAAAAACGGUUCAAUGAAGUACUUUUUUCAGCGUGUUCCUCGUCUUUCUAUGGAUAUUUAAGACCAUCUCUUUCAGACUGUACAUCGCUAGCAACAUUGUUAGAGGCUGUUUCUCAUAAUCCUGUUUUGCUCUUAACCUAUAUGAACUGAUGAUUAACAUCAUUAAAAUGUUGUUUAUGUAAA